AUGGCUAUAUUUGAGUGGCGUAAGUUUAAUUUUUUCGACCUCCGCAAGGGAGUCGAUAAGGAGAAGGUGUCCGAAGCGCUGCAGGGGGCAAAAAUAACGGCCACCGCGAAUGGAAGCACACUUAUCGUGGUGUGCGACUCUAACGGAACCAUCCACACCUUCAGCCGUACAUGGGAAGUGAUCAGCUUCAAGGGCCACGAAGGAUCGAUCCUGCUGUGCGACAUCUCCAAGCAAAACAAUCUGCUCGUAACGGUGGGCGAAGACAUCAACGGGCCGUCCUUCAAAGUGUGGAACCUUUGCAAGCUUUCGGCGACGACCGGAGCGCAAUGUUUGCGUACGGUGCGUACCAUGGUUUCCGUGCCGACUGCACUCGCCGUCUCCGAAGGUGGCCAGUUCAUGGCGAUUGGGUUUGCACAGGGCAGCAUUUCGCUGUACCGCGGGGACGUCAGUCGCGAUCGGUCGAAAACCCUCAAACAGCUAACGGCGGGCACAAGCGAUAUUGUCGGCAUCGCGUUCAAGCACGGCCACAAGCACACGCAAAUGUUUGUCUGCUCGAAUUCCGGUGUGUAUCUGUACAACCUGCACAGCCGCGAUAAGGAAGUCCGUGUCAUACUGAGCACGAUGAAGAAGCCGGUUGGUUGCUGUGCGCUGCAAACUGGCCACAACGAGGGCCACUUUAUGGUGGGGUUGGAAGACGCCGUCUACUGCUACACUUCCGAUGGUCGGGGCCCGUGCUAUGCGCUCGAGGGCCAGAAAACUUUGCUGCACUGGUACCGGUCUCAUCUGGUCGUCGUCAUGCGUAAUCCUCGCAGUCCCGGCGGCUACAAUCUAACCGUGAUCGAUAUUCAGAACAAAUUCAUUGUCUUUACGUGCCCCAUCGAAGAGGUGGCAGCCGUGCUGACCGAGUUCGGUACGUGCUACAUACUGACGGAGGGCAAAGAAGUCUUCCACCUCGACGAGAAGGAUCUACAGAGCAAGCUGAACGUGCUGUUUAAGAAAAACCUCUACGAUAUUGCAGUGCGCAUUGCCAAAUGCAACCAGUAUGAUGCGGAAGGACUGGCGGGCAUCUUCAAACAGUACGGUGAUCACCUUUACGGAAAGGGUGACUUUGGGCGGGCAGUCGAGCAGUACGCCAAAACGAUCGGCUACCUCGAACCGUCGUACGUAAUACAACGCUUUCUGGAUGCGCGGCACAUACACUUUCUGACCGACUAUUUGCAAACAAUGCACGAGCAGGGCCAGGCAACGGCAGAUCACACGACGUUGCUGCUAAAUUGCUUCACCCGACUCGAUCGUACUGCCCAGCUGAAGGAGUUUCUGAAAAACGAUCAAAAAUCCAACCUGUUCGAUGUCGAUGUUGCUAUCAAAGUGUGCCGCGAUGCGUCGUACGUCGACGAAGCAUUGCAGCUGGCCAAAGCACAUCAAAAACACGACGCCUACUUGAGCAUACUGACGGAGGACACGCAACAGUACGAGGAGGCUCUGAGUUACAUCGAAACGUUGGCGAACCGUGACGCGAAGGGCAUCUUGAAGAAGUAUGGUUCGCUUCUGAUGGCCAACUGUCCCACGAGAACGAUCCUACUGUUGAAGAAACUGUGUACCGAGCUCGUGAUGGGCGAGUCUUCAAACGAAGAAUCGGGCGCUGCGGCGAUGAUGGUGGCCGGCGAUUUGCUAGCCGAUUUAAAUUUGCUCGAUGGUGAUCUCUACACGCCGCCCGAGACAACACGUGGUAAUCCGGAAGAUUUCAUCCACCUGUUCACCGAUCCCGAACAGUUGAUUGACUUUCUGGAGCACCUCAUUCGCUUCGUACCGUCGAGCAGUCAGUGCGUGUACAGUACGCUCAUCGAGCACUACUUGUACUGUUGGCGGGUGGUACCAGGCGUUGAGGAGAAACUACUCGAUCUCCUAAAAUACUGCUCCGAUCGGUACGAUCGAAAUCUAGCGCUCGCCCAGUGCCGCAUGAACGAUUUCUGGCCGGGCGUGAUGCAUCUGUACGAAGAAGAUAAACUCUACCAUCUGAUCGUGCGGCACUAUCUACGGCACCAGGAGUACGACAACCUGUUGGCAUGCUGCCGCCGGCUUGGCCAAAACGAUGGUUCGCUUUGGCUGUUAGCUUUGAAUGGGCUCAAAAAGGAUGGCAAAGCCCCACCACAUGUCUUCACCCAAGUGCUGCAAGUGAUUUCUCAGAAACGAUUGCAGGCACCGCUGCAGGUGUUAGACUGCUUGGCGGUCGAGAAUGGGCCCACGUUCGCAUCCGUCAAAGAAUACUUUAUGCAGGUGUUUCAGAAGGAGCAGGAUACCAUCCGAAACGAAGAGGAGCUGGCGCGAACGUACAGCGAAGAGUCGACCUCAAUCAAGCGCCACAUCAAGCACCUGCAGGAGGGCAACGUAGAGUUUCAAAACACGACCUGUGAUGCCUGCAAGCAACCGUUGCUGAUGCCGGCCCUAUUUUUCCUCUGCAAACAUUCCUACCAUCAAGACUGCAUCCGUGGGUACUCCGAAACGGAACGUGACUGUCCGGUGUGCAAUAAAAACAACAUGCAGCUGAUCGAGGCGCUACGUGUGCAGAGCGAAGCUCGUGAUCAGCAUAAACAAUUUCACGACAUACUCGAACGCUCGGCGGAACCGUUCUCGGUUGUUGCCGAAUAUUUCGGCCGUGGUCUGUUCAACAAGCUCGUAGUCAUUGAAGAAAGCGAUCAGCAAACGCAAGAGAUAGCGACGACUUCCGCGAUUGACCGACCGAGUGAAACCGUUAGCACCGCGGUUGCACCGAAAGCAACCGUCCCAGCGGCUCAGCUGAUUCCGUUCGCAGCGACAUACGGGGCCGGAGCGGAAGCGAGACUUCGGCAAGAGGAAGGUCGUUCGCGUCAAUUGCGGCAGGAGACGCAGGAAAGUGAAACGCGCUUUCGGGUGGCACAACAGGAACUGCGUCGACCACGCCAACUGCAUGAACCAGAUGUACGAAUCCAAAGAACCCGUACGACUCCGAGUGUUAAUAAUCGAACUGCAGCGAUCAAAAAUCCGUUCGAGGAGGAUGAACCGGAACGAACUGCGUCGAAGGACGCAGUUCAGUACGACAAUACCAAAAAUCCGUUCGGUGAAGACACACCGCCACCGAGACAAGCGGUGGUGCGUCCCGCAGCGGCGGCCUCCAAUCCGUUCGAUGACGAGGAAUAUGAUAGCAAAUUGGAUCCGUUUGCCGAGUAAACUCACUUGGUGAUAGUGCCGAAGCUGAACGAUCGUGCGUUUGGAACAGAAGCGGAAGUCGAUUGUUCCAUUGAGAUAUCAUCGCAUCGUCCCAUUAUCGACACUUGUUUGGGCCACAUUUUAGACGCUCGACAUGUAUUUUUGGUAUUUAUUCUAUUAGUUAUCGUACCGAAUAAAGAA